UUUUGUUAGUUGACGUGUCUAACUUUAUAUGAUGUCGUUAACCCCCUUUUCCGUUAUGUUUUUAUUUCCUCAUUCAACACCCCGACUAGCUGGUGGCGGUAAUGCGCCAUUAACAUCGGAUGCCAACCGCCUUUAAACCCCAUUGAAGGGGAAGUUUUAUUUUUCAACUACUAUGUUUGCCCACAAGAAGGCAGAGAACAGCGACAUCGAUCAUGAAACGUCAUCAUUAUGAGACCGACCAUCCAGAGUUUUACGUUGCCAUGGCGACUCCAGGGGGACAGGGGGGAGGGGCGUUGUCUACAAGAGGAGGAGCUAGGAGGAUGAAAUGGGCUUUGGAGCUGACAUUGGGCAAUGCCAGGGGUCGUGGUGACAGACAGAGUAACCAGGGAGUUGUGAUGUAUCCAAUUGGCUAUUCAGACAAACCAGUCCCAGACACCAGCAUCCAGGAAUCAGACAAAAACCUGGUGGAGAAGCGUUGCUGGGACGUAGCUCUGGGGCCUCUGAAGCAGAUUCCUAUGAAUCUAUUCAUUAUGUACAUGUCUGGUAACACCAUAUCCAUCUUCCCCAUCAUGAUGGUCUGUAUGAUGGCCUGGAGGCCCAUCCAGGCUCUCAUGUCCAUGUCUGCCACAUUCAAGCUGUUGGAGAACUCUAACCAGCAAUGGCUUCAGGGGCUGGUCUAUUCUGUAGGAAACCUGCUUGGCUCGGCAUUGGCUAUCUACAAGUGUCAAUCAAUGGGGCUUCUCCCAACGCACUCUUCUGAUUGGCUCGCUUUCAUAGAACCGCCUGUGAGAAUGGAGAUUAUGGGUGGAGGGAUGGUGUUGUGAAGAGGACAGAUGCGCGUGCACACUGAAAUAUGCUCAACUAUUAAUUAUGAAUACAUGAAAUCUCUUCCAAGUCUCUGGCUUUUAGGUUUUUGUCAAACCCCUCAAGGUUUGUAUUGAUCCCUACACUUUGUUUCUGUUCAUUUGUGGGUUUUUAUUGCAAUUUUCACAGGUGAUCAAACGUUACAACUGAUAAUAUUAGGGGGCAAACGACAUCCACCAUCCUACUAAAUCCACAUUAGGUUUAAUUAAGAUGUCACCAUAACACGUUUUUCAUUUCAACUUUUUGUCAAAUAAAAGGGUCAAAAAACAAA